AUGUCAACAGAAAGACUUAUUCUGACCCAAGGAAUUAGGUGCAAAUUGACCUCCAAUGGUCUUGUAGGUAUCGACCAAUUACUAGUUAGUGAUACUGCUGAAUCCUCCAACAAUUAUUUCGACUGUUUUCCAUCCAUUGACUCCUCGGCGGUCGCAGGAACUUUACCCUUCAAAGAUAUACUUUACUGUAGUGUGUUAGAUGACGAUGUAUAUGAAAUAAGUUAUGCCCAGAGCCAUAAGAACUCCAUAGUUACCAAGAAACUCAUGGCUCAAAUUGAAGACCCCACCAGACAAUUCAAAUUCAGCUCUCCAACUGAAUUAUGUAAGAUUAUUAAUGAUAAGGCUUAUGAGAAUAGUCAAGUAUCGCCAUCAAUUCUCAUCCUUAUAAACCCUAAUGGGGGCCAAGGUAAAGCUUCUAGAAUAUUUGAUGAAGAUAUAAAACCCGUGCUACAAGCAGCACACGUAUCGUUGGAAGUAAUGGAGACCAAGUACUCGGGCCAUGCUCGAGAUAUCGCUAAAGAUUUAGAUAUUUCUAAGUAUGACAUGAUAGUGUGUUGCUCAGGUGAUGGGAUCCCUCAUGAAGUUAUCAAUGGGUUCUAUCAACACCCAGAUAGAGGGGUUGCUGCGUUUAAUAAAUUAGCUGUUACUCAAUUACCCUGUGGAUCAGGUAAUGCGUUAUCUUUAAGUACUCAUGGAACUAAUGAUGCUAAGGUUGCAACCUUGCGAAUGUUGAAAUCCCGUAGGACUAAAUUAGAUCUUAUGGCAGUCACUCAGGCUACUGAUGAUGGUGGAGAACUCACAAGUUUAUCAUUCUGUUCUCAAUGUUACGGAGCUGUGGCUGAUUCAGAUAUCGGGACCGAACAUUUGAGGUGGAUGGGGCCAAUAAGAUUUGAUUUGGGUGUUGCCCAUAAGGUUUUCACUAGAGCAAGGUACCCUUGUGACUUAUACGUGAAGUAUCAGACCCAAACUAAAGAAGAGUUGAUUGAUUUCUUCAAUGAGAACUAUGAAAAUCAGAAAUCUAAAUCUUUGAAGGUGUUGACUGAAGAUGAUUUCAAACUUUUGGCCCCUAAAUUAACCGAUAAACCACCUACGGAUUGGAUAGAGGUGGAUGAUUCCAUUGCUUCAAAUAUCAGUAUUUUCUAUAUUGGGAAAGUUCCAAUGGUUUCAAGUGAUACUCAAUUUUUCCCUGCAGCUUUACCUAAUGAUGGAUCCAUGGACAUGAUCAUCACUGAUGUCAACACACCUUUGAUGGACUCAGUAAAAGCCUUGUUAUCGGUGGAUAAAGGUCGUCAUAUAGAUUAUGACGGGGUUCUUCAUAAUAAGAUAUCUGCCUAUAGGUUAGUACCGAAAUUACCUGAACAUUCCAAUCAUUAUAUCUCCAUUGAUGGAGAAAACUUCCCCUUCAGAACCAUGCAAGUAGAGGUAUUGCCAGGGAUUUUAACGGGUCUUUUAGAUAAUGGUUUAUUCGUAGAUACUUCUUUGAAAAAGUAG